CGGGCGGCACUGGCUCAUUACAGCAGUGUUGGUAGUAGUGGAGCUGGGUGUGUAACCAUGUCUGGCCGGGGUAAAGGCGGCAAGGGGCUCGGCAAGGGCGGCGCCAAGCGCCACCGCAAGGUGCUGCGCGACAACAUCCAGGGCAUUACCAAGCCGGCCAUCCGCCGCCUGGCUCGGCGCGGCGGCGUCAAGCGCAUCUCGGGGCUCAUCUACGAGGAGACGCGCGGCGUGCUCAAGGUCUUCCUGGAGAACGUGAUCCGCGACGCCGUCACCUACACGGAGCACGCCAAGAGGAAGACGGUCACGGCCAUGGACGUGGUCUACGCCCUCAAGCGCCAGGGUCGCACUCUCUACGGCUUCGGCGGCUAAAGCCUCGCCUCCCUACCGUACCACCGCUACAAAACCACAAAGGCUCUUCUAAGAGCCACCCACCUAUUCCUUUAAAAGAGUUGUAUCGCUUUGACAUUUCGUUUAUUGCUGUAAUUCUCUCUUGACUACUUAAAGAAGGGCCUGUUUCCCUCUUUCAGUCCAACAUCGGGUAGCUCAGGUCGCUGUUCUUCAGCGGCCUUUAAAAAAAGAAAAUAAACAUAAAA